AUGGCCAACUCUCCCCACGGUGGUGUCCUGAAGGACCUCGUCGCCCGCGAUGCUCCCCGCCACGACCAGCUCGAGGCCGAGGCCGCAACCCUCCCCUCCAUUACCCUCUCCGAGCGCCAGCUGUGCGAUCUCGAAUUGAUCAUGAAUGGUGGCUUCAGUCCUCUUGAGGGUUUCUUGAACCAAAAGGACUACGAUGGUGUCGUCGCUGAAUCUCGUCUCGCCGAUGGCAACCUUUUUUCUAUGCCCAUCACUCUCGAUUCUUCCAAGGAAGCAAUUGACCAGGCAGGACUCAAGGCUGGAUCUCGUGUCACCCUGCGCGACCCUCGUGACGACCGUAAUCUCGCCAUUCUCACAAUUGACGACAUCUACCAGCCCGAUAAGGCGAAGGAAGCCAAGCUCGUCUUUGGUGGUGACCCAGAGCACCCCGCUGUCAAGUACCUGAACACCAAGGUUGAGGACUACUACAUCGGUGGAAAGCUUGAGGCGGUCAACAAGCUGAACCACUACGACUAUGUCGGCCUCCGCUACACUCCCGCGGAACUGCGUAUCCACUUUGACAAGCUCGGCUGGACCCGAGUUGUCGCUUUCCAGACUAGAAACCCUAUGCACAGAGCCCACCGUGAAUUGACCGUCCGUGCCGCUCGCGCCCGUCAGGCCAAUGUUCUCAUUCACCCCGUUGUUGGUCUCACCAAGCCCGGUGACAUUGACCACUUUACCCGUGUCCGCGCCUACCAGGCUCUUCUUCCCCGCUACCCCAACGGCAUGGCCGUCCUAGGUCUCCUUCCCCUCGCUAUGCGUAUGGGUGGUCCCCGUGAGGCUAUCUGGCACGCUAUCAUCCGUAAGAAUCACGGUGCCACCCACUUCAUUGUUGGUCGUGACCACGCCGGUCCUGGUAAGAACUCCAAGGGUGAGGAGUUCUACGGCCCUUACGAUGCCCAGCACGCCGUUGAGAAGUAUCGCGCCGAGCUUGGUAUCGAAGUCGUCGAGUUCCAGCAAGUCACCUAUCUCCCCGACACCGAUGAGUACAUGCCCCGCGACGAGGUCCCCGCUGGUACCAAGACCCUCGACAUCUCCGGAACUGAGCUCCGCAACCGUCUCCGCACCGGUGCCCACAUCCCGGAGUGGUUCUCUUACCCCGAGGUUGUCAAGAUUCUGCGCGAAUCUAGCCCUCCCCGUGCCCUUCAGGGUUUCACCAUUUUCCUUACUGGUUACAUGAACUCCGGAAAGGAUGCCAUCGCUCGUGCUCUCCAGGUCACUCUCAACCAGCAGGGUGGACGCUCCGUCACUCUUCUCCUUGGUGACACCGUCCGUCACGAGCUCUCCUCUGAGCUUGGCUUCAGCGCCGAGGACCGCCACACCAACAUCCAGCGCAUCGCAUUCGUUGCCGGUGAGCUGACCCGCGCUGGUGCCGCCGUCAUCGCCGCCCCCAUUGCUCCCUACGAGCACUCCCGAAAGGCCGCUCGUGAUGCCGUCCAGGGCACUGGCGGCUCUUUCUUCCUCGUCCACGUCAACACCCCCAUCGAGUACUGCGAGUCGACCGACAAGCGCGGUAUCUACGAGAAGGCCCGCCGCGGAGAGAUCAAGGGAUUCACCGGUGUCGAUGAUCCCUAUGAGACUCCCAACAACGCCGACCUUGUUGUCGACGUCUCCAAGCAGAGCGUUCGCUCCAUUGUGCACGAGAUUGUCCUCGUGCUCGAGAGUGAAGGUUACUUCGAGCGUCUGUAG